GUUUUUUAUUUCUUCUCUUUUUAAACCAUUAUUAUAAAAAUCUUGAUUUGAAAAUGACUUUGAAAGUUAUUACCAAAAUAGUAAGUGGCCGUUAGGGUAUUGUAGAGAUUCAUAUAGGCUAGAGCAUUAAGAAAUAAAAAUAUUCUGGAGAAGGAAAAGUUCAAUGAAAGCCAUCUGAAAAUGACCACUCAACUAAAGCCAUUUUCCAGUAGAGGAACUUGGAGGAAAAUGGGAAUGUAUGGGGGGAGAUCAGCUUUCUUUCAGUUCCAAGCUCAUUCCUGACCCCACCAGUCACUUGUAACUUGUAAGGAAAAGGUAACUAAGUAACACGUGCAACCUUUUCUCUUCUUUCUUUCUCUCCAAUUAAUAUAUUAUUCUCUUAUGCUUCAAGUUAGAACUUAGAAGUUAGGCUGGGUUCUUGGAGCCAUGGCAGUGUCAGCAUGGCAGGAUCUAAUUGAAGAAGGGAAAAAGAACAUUGAUAUAAAUAACAUGCCUUUUGGUCUAGUUACAGCAUGGAAUAAACGCAGGAGAAGCAAGUCGGAUGGGCAGAUCGAUCCAUGGGUAUACAAACCUGCAGAAGAGUGGCAGCUUGAAGAUCUUAAUCCACCUGCAAAAAGACACCAUGGCUCAUUAGUUUUUACACUGAAAGAAAUGGAGGAGGCAACAAAUUCUUUCAGUGAUGAAAACCUCCUUGGGGAAGGAGGAUUUGGUCGAGUAUAUAAGGGAACAAUCCGAACCGGAGAGGUUGUAGCAAUCAAGAAAAUGGACUUGCCAUCAUACAAAGAAGUGGAAGGGGAGAGAGAGUUUCGUGUGGAAGUUGAUAUCUUAAGUAGACUGGACCAUCCAAAUCUCAUAUCUUUGGUGGGAUAUUGUGCUGAUGGAAAACACAGAUUUCUCGUAUACGAGUAUAUGGAAAAGGGAAAUCUUCAAGACCACUUACAUGGGAAAGGAGAAAGGAAGAUGGAUUGGCCUAUGAGGCUGAAUGUGGCUUUAGGAGCAGCAAGAGGCCUUGCAUAUCUCCAUUCAAGUCCUGCUGUUGGGAUUCCUAUUGUUCAUAGGGACUUCAAAUCCACCAACAUUCUUCUAAGCACCAAGUGCGAAGCUAAGAUAUCAGAUUUUGGGCUUGCUAAGUUGAUGCCAGAAGGCAAGGAAAUAUGUGUCACAUCAAAUGUGUUUGGGACUUUUGGCUACUUUGAUCCUGAGUAUACACGGACAGGAAAACUUACUUUACAAAGUGAUGUUUAUGCUUUUGGUGUUGUUCUGCUUGAGCUCUUGACUGGACGUGGGGCAGUAGACCUCCACCUUGGCCCAAGUGAUCGGAAUCUGGUACUACAGGUCAGACAUAUUAUUAAAGACAAGAAGAAACUUUAUAAAGUGAUUGACCCAGGGAUGAGCAGGGGGUCAUACACAAUGGAGUCUGUCACCAUGUUUGCAAAUCUAGCAUCGCGAUGUGUCCGGUCUGAUAGUUGUGAAAGGCCAUCAAUGGCAGAAUGCGUGAGAGAACUCCAACAGAUUCUUUGUACAAAUACAAGAGGAAAGGGGUUGACGAUGCACAUUUUCAGAAUGAUCUGAAAAUCCACUAUUCUACAUCAGGGAUUCCAUGUCAGAAUCUUUAUGAGCUUUAUUAAUGAGGAAGUCAUAAAGUUCCCAUGCUAGCUUGUACAUACAUAGGAUACAAUGAUACAUCUAAAUGGAUAUAUCUAUAGAGAUAAAGUAGUUAAAGAUCUGAAUGAGGUAGUUAUUAUUGUGCCCAAAUUAUGUGUGCUUGACCAGAAUGGUGGACAACAAGGGCAUGUUCCUUAGGCUAAUGGAAAAAAUCAUUAAAAAAUGGUCGAAAUUUCGAUGAAUUAAUAAUAAUAGUAGUCCUCC